AUGGUGAAGAUUGAGACCUUCGCGGUAGAACAGUGGAUGGACAAGUAUGAGACGACCGCCAAGUAUAACAUCGCCGAAACCUGUUGUGCCUCGAUCUCCGUCGACGAUCUUUGCGCAAUCUCCGACGACAAGGAAUCCAAUCCCUUGACUCAGCUGCAAUCCACCAAACUCACGUAUGGAGCGAUUCGAGGAUCCGACAAGCUGCGAACUACCCUGUCCAACCUCUACUCUGCGAGAGCGCCAACGGUCUUGCCGAAGGAUAACAUAUUGAUUACUGCUGGUGCUAUACAAGCCAACUUCUUGUUGCUGUAUACCCUGGUUGGGCCCGGUGACCAUGUUAUCUGCCACUACCCAACAUACCAGCAGUUGUAUUCGAUUCCGGAGUCACUGGGGGCCGAGGUUAGCUUGUGGAAGUCUAAGGAGAGCGAUGGGUGGCAAUUGGAUCUGGAAGAGCUGAAAGGCCUGAUCCGUCCCAAUACGAAGAUGAUUAUCAUAAAGUUUUCUCACAGUAACCCGCAAAACCCAACUGGAGCGAUCAUUACGCGCGACACCCUGGAGAAAUUGGUAGAAAUCGCCCGCGAGAAGUCCAUCAUUAUCCACUCUGAUGAGGUCUAUCGACCGAUCUUCCAUGGUAUCGGCCCCGCAGACCCGAAGUUCCCACCGACUAUACUUUCCCUAGGAUAUGAGCGCACAGUGGCAACGGGUUCAAUUUCCAAGGCCUAUAGCUUGGCCGGUCUGCGAGUUGGCUGGGUUGCGUCGCGCGACAAGUCUAUCGUCGAGGCUCUUGCCAAUGCGCGGGACUACACGACUAUCUCAGUGGGCCAAAUUGACGACUCCGUCGCCAGUUUUGCACUGGCUCCGGAUUGCAUUCACAAUCUUUUGAAGCGGAACAUCGAUUUGGCUCGAGCCAACCUUGCUCUUUUGGAGAAGUUCAUCGAAUCUCAUCGGUGGGCCUGUGAUUGGGUAAAACCACAAGCUGGAACCACUGCCUUUGUUCGGUUUAACAAGAUGGGGAAACCGGUGGACGAUGUCGCCUUUUGCGAGAUGCUUCAAGAACGGACCGGUGUCAUGCUCGUCCCUGGUAGUCUUUGCUUCGGUGGCGGAGAAGACUUCAAGGGUUAUGUUCGCAUUGGAUAUGUCAAUGAGACAGAGGUCUUGGAGCAAGGCUUGAAUGCUUUGCGGGACUUCAUGGAGGAUGGCUAUGAAGACGUUCCUGCUGUCAAAAAGCUUGUAAGAAGAUAA